GUCCUAAACUCUUUAAUAACGCAAGUUGAACUUGAUAUCGAGAAGGAAGACUGUGCAGAAUGCGUAAAUAAUUUUUUAAUUUUUUACAAAGAACAUCCUACUUAUUCACGUAUUUAUGAACUAGAUAACAAUAUUAAAGAAUUUUAUAUGAAUAAUAUUGUGUUAUCUGAAGAACAUAUUGUCGCAUUGGCCUGUGAAACAUUGGAUCAAUCAUUAUGUGAAAACUGGUUCAAAGCUAGGCACCUGAGAAUUUCUGCUAGUACAAAUGUUCAUAACAUUAAAACACUAAAUCGAAAAUCAAUGGAAAGCUUAGUAUCUGAUUUUUUAAAUAAAAAAAAAAUUGAUACAGCUUCUACUCGAUAUGGUUUAAAAAAUGAACAUAUUGCACGAGAUAAAUACGAGACACUUUAUAAUUGUAAAGUCAAGCGUGUUGGUGUUAUCGUUAAAGCAAAUCAACCUUGGUUAUGCGGAAGUAUUGAUGGUGUUGUGAUAGAUGAUGGUUGUAUCACAAAAAUUGUUGAAAUCAAGUGUCCCAGUUCUUGUGAGAAGAAAGCUGUCGUAAAUUUUAAUGAUAAGUCAUGCAAUGUAAAAUAUUUACAAUUUGUAGAAGAUCAAUUGAUUGUAAAGCAUACUGAUGUUUAUUACACUCAGAUGCAAGUACAAAUGUAUAUUACCGGUAUGACUGUCUGUGAUCUUUUUGUUUAUUCGCCUCUUCCAAAUGGUAGUUGCUUGAUUGAAGUACACCGUGAUGAAGAUUUUAUACAAACUGUCAUUAUUAAAAGUGAACAGUUUUACUUUCAAAAUUAUUUACCUGCUUUAUAUAAGGCUGUAUUAACCAAAGAAUCAAAUUGCAAUAGUAGCUUAAAAGAAAAUGAAAAUUUGAUUGCCAGUGAAGAUGAAGAAUUAUUAGAAAAUCGUACUUUUACUGGCCUGGAUAUUAGUAAUAACUUAGAUUAAAGAAUAUAAUAAUUAUAUUUGUUGAUGUCUGAGUAAUGUUAAGAAAAUACUUUAUUGUUUGUUACGCAAGUGUUAUUGAUAAAUAUUUUAUUACAAUUUAAACAUUUGUUACAAUAUG